AAAAAAAAAAUUUUUAAUCGUUUUUCUUCUUACAUCUAUUAAAUAUAAAUUAUUAAAAUUUAUAACAAUACAAAAGAAAAAUGGCUGAUUGGAAACAGGCUCAAUUAACACAAUGGAAUCAAAAUAAUUCAGAAUAUUCAGAUGAAGAAGAAUAUAGUGAUGAUGAUGACUAUGCUCCUAUUGAAGCAACCGCUUGGGGAAGUCAGACGGUUGGUAAUGAUGGUGCCACUAAUGUCAGUUUAACUGUAAGCGGCUGGGAAGCCCUUAUUGAUCCUAAUAUUAAGAUUAAGGAAAAUGGUGUUGGUAGUGGUCAACUUCAUCGUAAAGGCAACAACUACAUUCCCAUUGAUGAAGAAGCCAUUAUUAAUAGACGUUUAGGUAAGCCUGUACCUAAGGGCGGUUUAAGUUCAAAUAAAAAAAAAUCUAGAGGUAGAAAAUCAAAACCAUCUUCUGGUGCGUCUACACCUAGAAAAAGCUCUACACUUGUACCUCCAUCAUCUUCUGCAUAUCGCAGUAGAGAAAUGAUUGCAACGGGUCCUUGGGCUACUAGUGAACUUGCCUCUACUCCUUUCUGGACACAACCCCAGAGUGCAGUCAAUGGUACAAAUGCUUCUAAAUAUGCUACUUCCACUCCUGCUGUUCCUGCUGCUCCUGUUGUUCCUGCUGUUCCUGCAGCACCUACUGUUCUUAAUCCUCCACCUGUAUCUCAACCUGCUCCUAAGCCUGCACUUUCAUCAGCAUUUACACAGGGCACAUUUGCUUCUAAAUAUGCUUCACCUCCACCUGUGCAAAAUACAUCAUCUGCACAACCUGCUCAAUCCACACAGCCCGUCCAACAACCUACAAAUCCUUUCCAACAACCUACUCCAUCCAAUGCCACAGAACAAAAUACAGUAUUCCCCAGAUUAGAUGCACCAGUUCUUAACUUCAAUAUUGAAUUGACCCCUGGUGUUAAUGCUAAGUUUGCAGUCUAUAUUAAUGAUGAUCCCUUGGAAGUUGUAAAUAAGUUUGAAAAGAAUCAUCAUUUAGAAAUGUCUGCUAUUGCUAAACAAAGAUUUGCCCAGCAUUUGCAAAACUGUUUAGCCCCUUAUAGAAAAUAAAAAUGGACUGCAAAUAUCUUUCUAAAAUAAAAAAGAAAAAAAAAAGAGGAAGAAGGAAAAGGAAAUAUUAUGUACGGACUAAUAUGUAAUUUAUGAUUAAU